AUGUCAACCACAAUUCAACCCACUGCCAUCGAAAUAAAGGCGGGCUUUGACCACUCCAAUGCCACCCACUUGGAAGCCGGUGAUGCCAGUGCCAUUGACGAUGCGAAAGCCGUCAACUUCGUCACUGACAACUCGCACGAGGUGUCCAGAUAUGCCGAGUUGACCUUCUUCCAGACGGUCAAGUACUUUUGGCGCGCCAUGGCCAUCUCGUUUGCGUGCGGUAUCUGCGCCAUGGGGGACGGGUACCAGUACAAGAUGCCCGGCAACAUCGUUGCUCUCGACGGCUUCAUCAAGCAGAUGGGCUCCAAAGAUGCCAAAACGGGCGAGUAUGCGCUCAACGCGCAGCACGUUGCGGCCUGGGGUGGUGUGUACGCUGGCGCUCUCGUCGUCGUCCUUCUGGUGGGUAACUGGCCUGUCGACCGCUUCGGCCGCAAACCUGCUCUGUGGGCCGUUCAAAUAUUUAUGGUCAUCGCCGCCCUCAUCGAGGUUUUUGCUACCAACUGGACGCAGUGGCUCGCAGCCAAAGUCCUCAACGGUUUCUCUGUCGGCUGCAACCAGAUGACCGCCACCACCUACAUUUCUGAAAUCGCACCCACUCGGGCUCGUGGCGCAGCUCUCGGUUUCUACCAGCUCUUCUGGGCAAUCGGUUCAUUUGGUGCUGCCAUAGCCCUUCAGAUCGUGUCCGAGAUGCCCAGCGACAAGUGGCGUCACGCUGUCUACUCAAUGUGGCCCUUCGUGGGUCUCGCUGUCGUUGUCCUCAUCCUCAUCCCCGAGACCCCCCGCUUUCACGCGCAAAGGGGCAACCAUGAAAAGGCCAAAAAGAUCAUGAAGCAAAUCUACGGCAGUGUCCCUGACUACGAUAUCGAGCACGAGUACUCGAUCAUCAUCAAGGAGAUUGAGGAUGGCAAAGUCCUUGCCGACCACCAGAAGGGCGUCUCCGUCUGGGACUGCUUCCGGGGUACCAACCUUCGCCGAACCAUCGUCUCUCUCGUGCCAUUCAACAACCAGCUCUGGGACGGCGCACCGGUCCUUUUCUCCUACACUUCGUACUUUUUCCAGCAGGCCGGUCUUAAGAAGCCCUUUGUUGCUACCCUCAUCUUGAACUGCGUCCUCGUCGGCUUCGUCGCCGCCAGCUUCUACACCACUGACCGGAUUGGCCGUCGCCCAUUACUCGUUUACUUGGGCGCGUUCAUGGUCCCGCUCUUGUUCAUCAUCGGCGGUAUCCAGACCCUGCAGCAGACGAACGCUACCGGAGCCGCCACGAUUGCCGUGUCAUGCAUCUGGGUUGCAGCCUACUCUUCUUCAGCAGGUCCUCUGGGCUUCGCCUUCCUCGCCGACUGCUCCACCGCUGUUCUCCGCGCGAAGACCGCCAACAUGGGCGCCCUGGCAUUCGCCCUCUUAUCGCUCAUCACCACGUACUGCACUCCGCUUAUGCUUGCAUCCCCCAAUUUCGGGGUUUCGGGCACCUUUUUCUUCUACGGCUCGACCUCGUUGGUCUUUGUCGUCAUUAUGUGGUUUGUCAUCCCCGAAACCAAGAACAGGUCGUAUGUCGAGCUCGAUGAGAUGUUUGAGCUUCACGUCCCAACUAGGGAGUUUGCUACCUACGAGACGUCUGUUGAUAGGGCCAUCAAGGCUGGGCAGGGCAAUGUAACUGAGUCGGUUUAA